AUGGAAAAACCCGCACAUGUCUUAAUUGUUGGCGCUUCAGGCCAAAUCGGAUAUAUCCUUGCGCACUGGAUUGCACAUGGUGAUCUUUAUGGCGACAGGCAAGUAUUUCUUCAUCUCUAUUCAAGAACUCAAGAUAAAUUAACCGCAUUAGUCAUGGAACUUGAAGAUUGUGCAUUUCCACAUCUUUCUGGUUGUGUUGCAAGUACAGAUCCAGCAGUAGCAUUCAAAGAUGUUGAAUGCGCCUUCCUUACAAGCUCAUACAAAUUACCUGCAUGGGAAGUUCGAUCAUUUUUAGUCAACAAGAAUUCGCAUAUCUACAAAGAAGUAGGAGAAUGGCUCUCCAUGUAUGCCAAUCCUUCUUGCAAGGUCCUCAUGAUUGCAAACCCUACAAAUACAAAUGCUGCACUCUGCGCAAAAUUUGCCAAAAAUUUGAAUCCUCAAAAUUUCACUUCACUUUCCAUGCUCGAUCACAACAGAGCAAACUUUUACAUUGCUGACAAACUAGGUGUACCUGUCUGCGAUCUCAAGGACGUCAUUGUUUGGGGAAACCAUGGAGAAACAAUAGUUCCUGAUUUAACAAACGCUACAUUUGUUAAAAACGGGAAAACAGAAAGAAUUUUGGAUGUUUUAGGCGAAGAUUUCAUGAAAAACGAGUUUUAUAAAUUCAUGACGUCUAGAGGACCAUGUAUAACUAAACACAGAGGAAUUUCUGCUGCUGCUUCAACAGUUGUUGCUGUUUUGGAACAUAUGAAAGCUUUGUUAUUUGGAACAAAGAAAAUUUUGAGUCUCGCAAUUCCUGUUCCAGAAAAUAAUAAAUACGGAAUUAAGCCAGGAAUUGUUUUCUCUUUCCCUUGCACUAAUGAUGAAGAUGGAAAGGUUAACAUCGUUGAUUAUCCAGUCAAUGAUUGGCUCCAAGAAAAAUUAAAGGUGACUGAAAAGGAUUUAGUUGAUGAACUUAAAUUUGCCCUUGAAACUCUUCAAGAACAAUAA